AUGUCCUCUUCGCUCUACCAGGCCAGGCCCGUCGUCUCGACGCAGAGAUAUUCGGAGUCUCCCGAUUACGUUGACGCUCGCCGGAGCGGCACCAUCCAGGCCGCCAGGCUGCCGCUGCGAGAGUCCACUGGCAAUGCCCAGUCGCACAACUUCAAUGGCAUAGUCUCGUGCUACCAGAGUCCGGUGGCGCUCUCGCCGUCGAUGCAGCCCAACAUUCCCGCCCCCAUGGUCCCAUCGCAGUCCUUUGACUGCCUCUAUCGCGUCCCAACGCCCCGGCAGCAGCCUCGCUAUCAACGGAGGCCCAGAAACGCCAUCAACCCCCUCUACUUCUGGCCCGCCUUCCGACAGUACCGCAACCGCCAGGCCCACAAAGAUACCCAAAAGGACAAAGGAGGCGUCUGGCGCCGCCCCGAGCUCGAAGAUGCCUUCGUUGACUCCGUCUUGCUCAUGCCGCACAUGGGCCGACGCAAGUUCUCCAUGGGGGGCAAGCUCCAUGGCCGCAACAUGCUCAUCAGCGAGUACAUCUUUGUCAUUUGCGUCGCCCUGCUCGGCAGCAAAGAGAUCUUUAGGAUCGACAACAGCAACGAGAGCAUCGAGCAGAUGGGGCGCAAACAGGUUUCCAGCCACAUGCAGGUCGUCAAGAAGUUCUUUGAAGACCUUCGAUGCUUCCAUUUCCUGUUUCCGUCUGAGGAGAAAAAGGAGCCUGGCUCCACAAACUCGGACGACUAUUACGACGAGGAGGAGCAGGAGUCGUUCAAGUCCAAUCCCGUCUUGACAGCCCUCGCCGAGGGCCGAGUCCCGGACGUCAAGCCCAACUAUGAGUACUUCUCCCAGCUCCUGGCCUUGCAGUCGGCCAUCUGCGUGCGGCCCAAGACGUGCGAGGUCUUCGUCUCGUCGUCGGACAUCAAGAUCCGCGACGACGUAGCCUACGACGCGCACGACACGCCGCUGGACCAGGCCUCUUUUCCGCACCUCAACAAGUACAGCAACUGCGACGACAGCCCCAACGUCCUCGGCAAGGACGUGCUGCUGCAUGAGUACACCCGGUCUCUGGACCGAACCACGUCUGCCUGCGUCAAGUCCAUCACUCGUCGCUGGCAAAAGGAUGCGCCGGCCAUGUAUGACACGCUGGAUCUCCCUCCCCGAGACGAGGACUGCCUCCUGAUGGAGAUGUGCGCGACGAUUGAGCUCCACGAGCACGCCAAGUUCCCGUCGGGCUCCGAGCUCACCGGCUUCGUCGAGGUGGCCGUUACCCAGCCGGCGCUUCAACAUCAUCGCUGGAAAUGCAUCACGCGCCUGACGCGGCCCGCAGAGCUCAGCAGCGACGAUGGCAAGCAAAGUGUCUACACCAACGACAGCGGCAUCCAUCGCCGCGGGUGCAAUGACUCGAAGAGCGACUGUGAUUGCCACACGCGCCCACGCAUGGACAUCCACGUGCCGUUUCCAGCCGUCGAGUGGGCCAGCAUCCUGAGCAUGGCCGUGCAGUACCCGGACGUGGAGCACCAGCGCGUCCGGGAGAAGCGCCGUCGGAAUGCCGACGGCGACAAGAAGGACCUGGAGCGGGCCGGCAGCAAGCGCAAGCGAUCGGAAGACGAGGGAGACGCCGCCUCUUGGUCGCGCCGCGAGCCGACGGGCAGCGACCUGAUCUGCAAGGUGGCCAUGUACCAGGAGCUCUGGUCGUGUGCGCCGGACUCGACGCAGUGGACGCGACAGGCCAUUGUCUUUUGGCGCUUCAACACGACGAACCAGUGGCACAAGUACAACCCGGUCUUCAAGCCGGCGGGGACGACGUGGCGCUGGCUGACCAUCAACGAUCCCAUGUCGCGAUACCACCAGCAAAAGGCACUGGUGUACCCUUCGGCGGGCGUUUCGAGGGACGCCGUCAUGUCGCCGACGCCCACCAUCAACCAGCACCUGACGGCGGCCAUGAACGAGACGUUUAGCUCGGCGUGGGACAGCCACAGCAACGUGCCCCAGGUGCCGCCGCUGCAGACGCCAGGCAACGGGCUCAGCUUGUUUGAGUCAUUCCCCAGCGGCCUGGCCACUCCGCCGCCGACGGCGACGCUGCCCGGGGCUUACUCGACGGCCAGCACCUUCGACACCAACAUGGGACCCGGUGGGGGAGUCAACUUCCUGCCGACGACGGGGGGCGGAUCGGCCAACGACCGGCAACCGACGUCGCUGGGCAACAGCCAGCAAUACUUUGACUCGCAGUCGGCGUUUGGCGACGUCAAGCCCAUCAACACGGCCGUCGGCCCAUACAUGUCGGCGGCCACGUCGUCGCUGGACAUGCCCAGCCAGCUGGUGUACGACAGCUCACCGUGCGACGCGGGCAACAUGCAGGGCUGGGACAUGUCGGCCCUGGACAGCUGGGCCGGGACCGCCACGGCGCCGACGAGCGCGACGUCGGAAUGGGGACCGCCCGGCAAGAUGGAGUCGCAAGGCGACCACCACGCAGCCAUGUGGGCGCAGCACCAGUGGCCACUGUCUGCGGGCGCGGCGCCGGGCUCGCACGAACGGGGCGGCAGCCCGCGGCCGAUGAAGCGGCGGAGAGAGACCAUUGACAGCCACGUGCCGGUCACGGCUGGGUGGUAA